UCUAGUUUCUUUUUUAUACCUCAACUUAAACCCAAAACUCUGGGUGUAGAUUGGAUUCGUUUGGUCUGGUUCAUCAUGUCUCAGGCUGAUCCGACAGAUGGAUCCAAUUUUCCGUGGGAUCUCGGGGUGUUCGACGCCCAUUGUCACCCCACCGACACCAUGUCCUCUAUUGCGCAAAUACCGCGGAUGAAAGCAACAACCCUCACAAUCAUGGCGACUCGAGGCGAAGACCAAGAUCUGGUGCUUCAAACAGCAGUAUCACUGGCCAAGGAUCCUGCAGGCGUCGAAAAUUCAAUAAGAGAGCGCGUGCUACCGUGUUUUGGUUGGCACCCUUGGUUUUCACACCAGAUCAUAGAUGACACUGCGGCUGUACCAGAAAACCAAGGAACACUCUUGGCCACAGAAGUAAAAAGAACCCAUUAUACCAGAGUUCUAAAACCGUCUCCAAAUGACGAGUUCAUAUCUUCUUUGCCCGACCCAAAGCCUCUAUCACAGCUUAUCGCAGACACAAGGCAGAGACUCAUGAGCUUCCCAUUAGCCCUUGUCGGGGAGAUCGGGCUAGAUCGUGCCUUUAGACUGCCCAAGGCCUGGACUCAGGAAGAGGUCGAUACCAGGGAUGAUCAAACAACACCAGGAUCCCGUGAACGUCGAUUACUUUCUCCUUAUCAAGUAAGACCGGAUCACCAGAAGGCCGUUCUGCUGGCUCAGCUACGUCUCGCCGGUGAGCUUCGAAGACCGGUAUCCGUCCAUAGUGUUCAAGCGCAUGGAGCAGUAUUCGAUGUAUUUAAGAGCCUGUGGUCAGGGCAUGAGCGAAAAAUUGCCUCCCGGAGAGAAAGACAACGACGUCUUAGUGUCACUGAUGCCCACACAGAAAGUGACGCAGAAGAUGAGAGAGAAAAUAUACAGGCUCGGGACGAAACACCUCUCCCAUUUCCUCCGCGGAUAUGUAUGCAUUCUUAUUCAGGACCUGUGGAUCCAUUGAAGCAGUUCCUGCACCCUUCCAACCCGUCAGAUGUUUACUUCUCCUUUUCUAGCGUCAUAAACUUCGGACAUCUCGCGUGUAACAAGGCGGCCGCAGUAAUAAAAGCCUUGCCCGAUGAUCGAAUAUUAAUUGAGAGUGACCUUCACACUGCGGGUCAGGAGAUGGACGACGUCUUAGAGGAGGUUGCCCGCCAGAUCUGUGAACUACGUGGAUGGACUCUGGAACAAGGAGUCCGACAGCUUGCGGAAAAUUGGAAACGCUUUGUCUUUGGCUGAUCAAGUGUCAGCUUUCAUAUUGAUUUACCAGUUGACUAGCGAUUGCCCAAAUUAGCGACUCUAUACUACCCCCGUUCGAGAUAUUCCAUCGAAGCCACGCUCAUCGGCUUGAGGUAGGGAAUUCCCAACAAUCUCUAUAUGCGUCGUCCUCCACGGAUGCGCUGAGGUUUGGCGCACAGUGUUAUCUGCAAUAUUACAUAUGUAAUAUAUAUAGAGGAAAUAAAAUGAAUGGAUGAUACCGG